UUUCCAAAGUUACAGCCUAUACCGAGCAAUAAAGUUUUGUUAAACUAGGCACGCAUGCGCACUCCUAAGGAAAUAGCAGAGGGAAAACGAUCUGUCUAUUCAAUAAGCCCUAUGGUCUCCAAAAACAUGGCGGCCGGUUUAGAGUGAUUAUAACAACACUCAACAUUCCGCACGACGCUGUGAACAGCCUUCCCGGGCCUAUGCCUUUAUGCCAUGACAGCAUCAGUCGCGAUUUGUGGAUCUUCCCGGCUGUACAGAAAACAUUGUAUCACGAUAUGAAGAGGACGGGUGGUGAUAGGAGGGGCCAGUGAAAGUGUUGGUAAGCACAUGUUAGAGGCAUGCAGUCAGAACUUAGAGAUGGCCGUCACAAUGUUCCUGGAUGGAGGGGGUAUUGCAGAGGAGCCCAGCACAAGUUCUGCAGGGGCAUCUACUGCUCGUCCUGCUGCAGAAGAUGAUGUUCGAGCCCCUAUACCACAGAAACAAGAAAUCCUUGUGGAGCCAGAAAUGUUUGGCGCUCCUAAAAGGCGAAGACCAGCUCGGUCAAUAUUUGAUGGAUUCCGAGAUUUUCAGACUGAAACAAUCCGCCAAGAACAGGAACUGCGAAACGGAGGGGCAGUUGAUAAGAAAUUAACUACCUUGGCUGAUCUGUUCCGACCGCCUAUUGACCUCAUGCAUAAAGGCAGUUUUGAGACAGCAAAAGAGUGCGGGCAGCUAAAGAACAAAUGGCUGAUGAUCAAUAUCCAAAAUGUGCAGGAUUUCGCUUGCCAGUGCUUAAACCGGGAUAUUUGGAGCAAUGAUUCUGUGAAGUCUUUAAUACGGGAACAUUUUAUCUUUUGGCAGGUAUAUCAUGACAGUGAAGAAGGGCAGAGAUACAUUCAAUUUUACAAGUUAUCAGAUUUCCCUUAUGUCUCCAUUUUGGACCCUCGUACAGGCCAGAAGAUGGUUGAAUGGCACAAAUUAGAUGUGAACUCCUUCUUGGAACAAGUAACAGGUUUUUUAUCCGAGCAUGGUCAGCUUGAUGGACUUUCCAGCAGCCCACCCAAGAAACGAUUGCGUUCUGAGAGCCUCAUCGAUGCAAGUGAGGACAGUCAGUUAGAGGCGGCAAUACGUGCCUCCUUGCAAGAAACCCAUUUUGACUCUUCAGCUGGUAAUCCGAGCACUCGACACGAGGAGGAGUCAGACACAGAGCUGUAUUCUGGUAGUGAAGAGUUUAUCUCUGUCUGUGGAUCAGAUCAUGAGGAAGAAGAGGAGGAGAGGCCGCCAGAGUCUUUGCCAGAACAGGAGACUUCCAACAGUAAAUCUAGAAAGGCCACAUCCAAAUCCAUCAGCCAUAGGAAAGAUGAUUUAAGUCGAGCAGAGCCAGUUGUAGAAGAAGCAGAGGAAGACUCAGAUGGGUCAUUGAUACCUGAAAUACCUAACCUAGACUCUCCAGAAAUAAAAUCUAAUUUUGGGAUUGAUGAAUCCUCAGAAGACUGUCCUGAUACUAGUAAUGGUCCCAAAGCAAAGCUCAUGUUGCGAUACCCAGAUGGUAAAAGGGAACAAAUCUCAUUACCAGAAAAGGCCAAGUUAAUGGCUCUGGUUAAACAUGUGCAGCAGAAAGGAUAUCCAAAUGAGAGGUUCGAGCUCCUAACAAACUUUCCACGACGGAAGUUAUCACACUUGGACUAUGAUGUCACAUUACAAGACGCUGGCUUGUGUCCUCAAGAGACUGUGUUUGUGCAAGAAAGAAAUUGACCGACCUCCUAUUCCCUUCCUUCCUGUUCAUCUUCUGUUACUCCUUUUUAGAAGAUAUUUUUGGUUCUCCUACUUUGGUUUGUCUCUUCCUUAAUGCAUAUUGCUGGGGAUUGGCAAGUAUCAAUGACCUCCAGUGGUUUUGGAGAGGGCGGAUCAGGAGAUUUUAGUGCUUUGGUGAUGAGAGGAUCCAUACGGCAGUUUUCACAUUUCACAAGUCUGUUCAAUAGUACUGGAAAAAUCGGGCCUCUUCCUUUUUGGAUGCCAGGUACUCCUAGCUAUUUUAGUAAGGUCAGCCAACUUUGUAAGUCUUUUUUGACGUUCCAUAGUUUAUAUGUUAAUUUGGAACUUCAAGGGUAGUUUCAUGUUUCAUCAAUGACUCUUAUUUAUUACUUUUUUUUUUUGCAAAAAGUGCAAAGUUUGUUUGAUUCUUUCAUGACUUUGGUCAUGUUUGACAUCUUUAUUUCAAAAUUCUGACCAAUUGUGAAUCUUAAACUUGUCUCUGAAUACAUUACCAAAUACUGGAGGCAGCCAUGUCUAUUAUUCCUGGGGGAGGGGAUGUGGGAUUUAUCUUUUACAUAAUCAGAUGCCUUUACUUUUAUGGCAGAUGUUCACAGGGGGGGGGGGGGGGGCACACGAUAUCACAUUAACAUGUUAUACAUUUUUACUGUACAAUUCCUUUAAUCUGACCCUGGCUCUUCUUAUUUUAUUGUUUGGGUUAUCAGUUGGUCUUAGAAAUAGGUAUACAAUUUCAACUUCACGGUUAUUAUCCAAAAUAAAUAAAAUACUCUGUUCUUAGGGCCAUUUAAUGAUUCGAGACACCCUGUAAAUGGGCGCCAAACUCAUAGAUCGAUGAUAGUUUACAGAGCCUGUGACACAACUCCUACGUUGUACCGGGGAGAACUGCACAAACUAUUGCUGGUUAAUGUCGCCCUUUGAAGCAAAUAAACAAAUUUAAAUUGAUAAAUAUGAAUUCAAUAAACAGAAGUGUUAAUCGUAAACAAGCAUGUUAGGUUGGAAUCCCAUAUGUUUGUUUGUUUUGUCAAUUUUUUUUUCUGUGAGCCAAAAAAUCCAUAAGUGGAGUCUGAAUUAAAGCAUCAUUCGUGUUUUUCAAGUCUGGGUGUGUGUUCACAUGUUCAGGUUUUCAUUGCUAUUGAAUACAAAGCCAGGAAUUGAUUUAAAAAGGGGGGAAGUGUUAGUUGUUUUUUACAUGUCCAUUAUUUAUGAUCCUUUCCUGGCUUUGUCUUCAGUAGUAAGCCGGGGUGUUGGGGAAAAAAACUACUUGUCCAAGGGACUAAAGCGGAACACAAUCUACUUGUCCCUCAAGAAAAUCAACUUGUCCUGAUGGAUAAAAUAAGUUCAACCAAAAUAGUCUGUAAAUAAGGUCUUUAUUAGUUUCUGCACUUUCGUUUUUUCCUCCUCGUCCUAUAAUAGCCAUAACUCUUAUUUUCCCAUCUACAGAACCAUAUGAGGCUUGUUUUUUGCGGGGCCAAGUAUACUUUGUAAUGACACCUUUCAUUUUUCCAUAACUUAUGCUCUGAAAUGGGGAAAAAAAAUUUUGUGAGGUGAAAUUGAAAAAAAUGCCAAUUUUUUUUUCCGCCAUUCACCAUGUGGUCAAACUUAAUUUAAUACUUCAGGUCGGCCUGAUUACACCAAUACCAAAUUUGUUUAGUUUCCGUCAUGUUUUAAGAAUUAUUUUUUAUUUUUUUAAACUUUUUUAUUUAAAAAAAAAAUUCCUGAUCCCUAUAACAUUUUUAUUUUUCCGUAUACUCGGCUGUAUGAUGGCUCAUUUUUUUGGGCCGUAAUAUGCUGUUCGUAUCUGUACCAUUUUGGUAUUGAUCAUACUUUUUGAACACAAUUUUACUUAAUUUUUUUCUGGCAUAUGAUGUUAUAAACAUUAAAAAUAAUGCAAUUCUGUCAUUUGGUAUUUUUUUUUUUUUUUUUAUACAUUAACGUUUUAUUAAAAGUACAAAGUUCAAGUAAAUUACAAAAACACCAUCAAUAAACAGGCAUCGUAGGAAACGCGGUUGUCGAUAGGGUACACACAUAUGGUGCGUACCAUCACUAUAUAAAGUCAGGUAUUCAGUAACAAGACAGGAUGUUGAAUACAUUAAAGUGAAUAGUUAAAGACAUGACAAUUCAAACAUCAACUAGUCAACUCAAGGUACAUGGUCCAAGCUUCUAUGUGAUCAGGGUAGGUACAAUCAACAACAAUGUGGUUGGUGUAAGCAACAUAUGGGAAGAAGAGGAGAUGAGGACAGAAAGAAGGAGGAUGAAGAGACAGGAAAGGGUUCCAAAGGGACAGAAGGGAAUGGGAACGAGGAAGACUACUAGGUUCGUAAGAAAGAGGUUGUUAGACUUGCCCAGCGGGUCAGGAGGGCUUCAGAACAACAUGGCAAAGCAAUGAGGCAUGGUGGCUAUUUGUGAAAAAUGGGCUGUUUAGGUAGAGGGAGCACCGGAAACCGGGCGUGCUGUAGGGCUUGGGGGACAUAUGUCUCCGAGUCAAAGAUGCAUGGACGUAUAGUCCCUAGAGGAUGUAAAAUGUGUCCAAGGGUGCCAGACGGUGUUGUAUUUGUCUAUCUGAUUUUUGGAGUCGGCUAGCAAUUCUUCCAUCCUGUGUAGAUGGGAGGAUUCUUGGAGCCAAGAUAAAUGUUAUUUUUUUUAUAGUUCGGACAAUUACUCACGUGCCAAUACCAAAUAUGUUUUUUUAUUAUGUUUACAUAUUUUUAUAUGGAAAAGGGGGUGAUAUGAACUUUUAAUAUGGAAGGGGUUAAUGGGUGUUUUUAAACUUUUAGUAAACUUUCUUUUUUAAAUACACUUUUUUAGGAGGAAACAUUUAGAUUUCUCAUACAGAUCAAUGCAGUUCUAUUGAACUCCAUUGAUCUUUGUUCAUUUGGUUGAUCUUUGUUCAUCUGUGGGGGCAGCCAUGAAUGCAGAGGUAAGCCUUCCGGCUUCCUCCACAGGGGAUCGCCACCCCACCCCCACUUUAGACAACACUGUCAACUUUGACAGCGGUGAUCUAGAGGGUUAAUAGCCAUCCGCGACGAUUGCUACAUGCUGGGCUAUUAGCGGCGUCCCCCAGCUGCUGAAAUC